UACAGAGAACCAAACUAUAUCAUCUUCUAUUGUAUUGCCUGGAAUCUGAUUGUAUUGGGAAUGGCCUGUGCAAUAAGAUAGGUAAGAACAACCAUCCAUUUAAAGUUACAGGACCUUCAAAUAUCGACCUAAAAACCUAAGGGGGUUAAGGAUAGUUUCUUCUUCUUUAAAACCUACGCUUCAGUCUCACACUAAGUGCGCUACUUCGAUAAUGGCGGCUAGAGCUUUCAAAGCCCCUGAAGUCGAUCUCUUCUCACACCCAUUAUUCUCUUCUGCUUCAAAAUCCAGCUCUCUUAAAACUCCAACUCUCGCCUUCCCUUCUACCAACCCCAAAAUUAAAAAAUCAAUAUGUCUCAGUUCAUCUUCAAGUGUCAGUGCCGUUACCCCAGCCGAGUUCCGCGUCGACAUUCUCUCUGAAUCGCUUCCCUUCAUUCAAAAAUUCCGCGGAAAGACCAUAAUCGUCAAAUUUGGUGGCGCCGCCAUGAAGCCCAACCAAAGCGGGAAUCUCCUGGCCUCCUUCGUGAAAGACAUCGUCCUUCUCUCUGUCGUCGGCCUCCGUCCUGUCCUUGUCCACGGUGGCGGCCCGGAGAUAAAUUUCUGGCUCAAACGCUUCGGAAUCGAGCCGCUCUUUCGUGAUGGCCUCCGUGUCACCGACGCCAACACCAUGGAAAUCGUCUCAAUGGUGUUAGUCGGCAAGGUCAACAAAAACCUCGUCUCCCAAAUCAACAAAGCCGGCGCCACAGCCGUCGGGCUCUCCGGCAUGGACGGCCGGCUCUUCAUGGCCCGCCCCAGCCCGAACGCCGCUCAAUUAGGCUUCGUCGGAGAAGUGGCCCGGGUGGACCCAACCGUGAUCGAACCAUUGGUGAAGAACGGGCACAUCCCAGUGAUUGCAUCAGUAGCGGCGGACGAGCUGGGGCAGUCGUAUAACAUCAAUGCCGACACUGUGGCGGGGGAAUUGGCGGCAGCUUUGGGCGCUGAGAAGCUAAUUCUGCUGACAGACGUGGCGGGAAUUCUGGAGAACAAAGAGGACCCGGGAAGUUUAGUGAAGGAGGUAGAUAUAAAAGGGGUGAAGAAAAUGAUUGAGAAUGGGACGGUGGGCGGAGGAAUGAUUCCGAAAGUGAAUUGCUGUGUGAGGUCACUGGCUCAGGGCGUUAAAACGGCAAGUAUCAUUGAUGGACGAGUUGAACACUCUUUGCUUCUUGAGAUUUUGACUGAUCAAGGCGCCGGAACCAUGAUUACUGGCUAAGUUAUUCUUGUUUUCUGUAAUAUUGCCCAUUUCAAUGGGACACUUAAAGAAAUUAAAUAAAAAAAUGCUCUCUUGAUUCUCUA